UAUAACGAUCAGUUCUGCUCAAGCCGCAAAUAAGAUUGGAACAGUUGUAGCUAGGUACUAAAGAAAAGAGGAAGAAAAAUGAAUAGAUUAGUUCUGAUUGUGAUUUUAGCUACCGGUGCACUGGGUAAUGAUGAAGUUGUGACGAGUGAUUCCACUUCUCCAGAAAGUGAAAGGUCACAAAUCAAUCGAACGAGUAGGAGCGCCGAGGAAUGUUUCAAAUACGGUACGCUCACCAAAAAACACAACGAUGGAACAUGUUACAAUUCCAGAUCACCACAUAUAGUUGCCAUUAUGAUGGAUGAUUAUUUGCAUUGUAGUGGAAUUUUGAUCAGCGACAGAUUCGUUCUAACUUCAGUUUAUCACUGCCUUAAGCACGAACCCUCGCAAUUGAAAAUUCGAAUCGGAUUGGGCGUGGAUCAAGACAUCAAGCAAAUCUUCCGGCACCCGGAAAGUGGAGAUUUAUUCACCGGAGUCGAUUUGGGCUUGAUCGAACUGGCUGCUCCGGUCAAGCUGAAUCACGCUCUGGUUCCAGCAUGUUUGGCACAAAAUAAUACUGAACAUUUAAAUGAGAAUCUGAUUCGAUCUGGAUUCAGUGGACUGCAAAUUUUUCAACACUUCGAAACAACGGAAAACCGACUGAUGUCAUUUGAGGAAUGUUCCGCCUUCAUGAGGAAAGCCUUCUUCCUCAAAGUGGAACAACAUCAGCUGUGCGUCGAAUUGUUGGAGGAUUUCGAAGGGUUCGAUUUCUGGGCUCCGGUCCAGGGCCUGCCGGGAAGUUCCCUGCAGCUCACCGAUAGUAAUGGCACCUGCACCACAACCAUCGUCGGAGUGGGAAGUCGCAAUCAUUUUGGCAGCACAAAUCUCAUCGUUUACACGAGGAUCGCUCCGUUUUUUAAUUGGAUCGAGUCGAUCGUUUGGGGUCAAGAUUCAUAAAGUGCAUCCUAUUUAAAAUAAAGCUA